CUUAUCGUCUCGAUUCGUACAGUCCUCAAACACGUGUAAAAAGUUCAACAUUUUUUUAUUACACUUGUGAGUUGUGAUUAAACAUAUAGUUUAUAAAGUAUUUAAAUCGUUCCAUCAUCGAAGAGGUCAGUUAUAAUAUGUUUAUGUAAAAAGUAUGAAAUUGAAUCACUUCCAGAAAGUCUUCAUUGGAUGGUCAAUUGUUAUUACCGGUGGACUUUAUUCAUUUGUUCUAUCUAAGCGAUAUGUCGAUUCCAAACGUUAUGAUAGUAUGAAAGCUAGAGAACGUAUGCGCCUAUCAAACAUAGGAGAAUACAAUCCAAGUCCAAGAAAGUUCUAAUUGAAUUUUUUUUUUAAAAAUAUAUCAUUAUGGCUGGAACACAA